CCCGCGCCGGCCCCUACGAGCCCCGGCCUCCCGAGCUGCAGCCGCCGCCCCGCCCCCGAGAGACAUGACUUCCAGGCCGCAUUCCGACUGGAUUCCCUACAGUGUCUUAGAUGAUGAGGGCAGCAACCUGAGGCAGCAGAAGCUGGACCGGCAGCGGGCCCUGCUGGAACAGAAGCAGAAGAAGAAGCGCCAGGAGCCCCUGAUGGUGCAGGCCAAUGCCGACGGGCGGCCCCGGAGCCGGCGGGCCCGGCAGUCAGAGGAGCAGGCGCCCCUGGUGGAGUCCUACCUCAGCAGCAGUGGCAGCACCAGCUUCCAAGUUCAAGAGGCCGACUCACUUGCCAGCGUGCAGCUGGGAGCCGCCCAGCCCGCAGCACCAGCCUCAGCCAAGAGAACCAAGGCCGCAGCGGCAGCGGGGAGCCAGGGCGGGGCCUCUAAGAAGGAGAAGAAGGGAAAGCACAAAGGCACCAGUGGGCCGGCAGCACUGGCAGAAGAUGAGCCUGAGGCCCGAGGCCCGGUGCAGAUCCUGACCGUGGGCCAGUCAGACCACACCCAGGACGCGGGGGAUUCGGCAGCUGGUGGGGGCACACGGCCCAGCGGGCAGGAGCUCCGUGCCACGAUGCAGAGGAAGGGCAUCUCCAGCAGCAUGAGUUUCGACGAGGAAGAGGAGGAUGAGGACGAGAACAGCUCCAGCUCCUCCCAGCUCAACAGCAACACCCGCCCUAGCUCGGCCACGAGCAAGAAGUCCGUCAGGGAGGCAGCCUCAGCCCCCAGCCCUACAGCCCCGGAGCCGCCAGUGGACGUCGAGGUCCAGGACCUGGAGGAGUUUGCACUGAGGCCAGCCCCCCAGGGCAUCACCAUCAAAUGCCGCAUCACGCGGGACAAGAAAGGGAUGGACCGGGGCAUGUACCCUACUUACUUCCUGCACCUGGACCGGGAGGAUGGGAAGAAGGUGUUUCUCCUGGCGGGAAGGAAGAGAAAGAAGAGCAAAACUUCUAAUUACCUCAUCUCUGUGGACCCGACAGACUUGUCUCGAGGAGGGGACAGCUACAUCGGGAAACUACGGUCCAACUUGAUGGGCACCAAGUUCACCGUCUAUGACAAUGGAGUCAACCCUCAGAAGGCAUCGUCCUCUACCUUGGAGAGUGGGACCUUGCGCCAGGAGCUGGCAGCUGUGUGCUACGAGACAAACGUCUUAGGCUUCAAGGGGCCUCGGAAGAUGAGCGUGAUUGUCCCAGGCAUGAACAUGGUCCACGAGAGAGUCUCUAUCCGUCCCCGCAACGAGCACGAGGCGCUGCUAGCACGCUGGCAGAACAAGAACACGGAGAGCAUCAUCGAGCUGCAGAACAAGACACCGGUCUGGAAUGACGACACGCAGUCCUACGUCCUCAACUUCCAUGGGCGCGUCACGCAGGCCUCCGUGAAGAACUUCCAGAUCAUCCAUGGCAAUGACCCGGACUACAUCGUGAUGCAGUUCGGCCGGGUGGCAGAGGACGUGUUCACCAUGGACUACAACUACCCACUGUGUGCACUGCAGGCUUUCGCCAUUGCCCUGUCCAGCUUCGACAGCAAGCUGGCCUGUGAGUAGGGGCCGCCCCGUGCCCUUCGGGGUCACCCAGCCUGGAGCGGAGCCUGCCCGCCUGCCUGCGGAGACAGCCCUGCCUACCCUCUGUACAUAGGCCUUCUGCCAGAUGGAGCUUUGGCCUCAGUGGGCUGCCUGGCCCAGCCAGGAACUGAUGCCUCUGCUGCUGAGGCAGGGGAGGAGGGGGGGAGUGUGCGGGUGGGUGUGAAGGGACCAGAGGAAUGCUUCCUGUGCCCCGAGGUCAACAUGCACCCCCCACUCUUGGGUUAGUAGCCUGCUGUAGUCAUGUUUGCCAAGCUGGGCAGCCCCUUCUGCUGGGAAGGCCAAAAGCGAGAGGGAGAAAGCACAAUGCAGGGCUGCUGUAGCCCGGCCACCACUCAGCCCAGGAGUCCAAGGACAGCGCGUGCCCCAGCAGGAAGGGGCACGGUGAGAACGAGUGUGUGCACGUGUGUGUGCGUGAAUGUGGGGCACAUCAACUUUAUGCAGCACAGGGCCUGGUUGAGCCUGGCCCUUACAACCGCAGAGAGCCCACCAACUCCAGAAGGGCCCCGCCAGGCCUGAGAAGAGUUAGGGGAGUUGGGGGACGGGUGAGUGGCAGAACCUAGCCAGGGUUGCAGGGCCCUGAGUAGCUGUGGCUGGA